CAGAGCAGCAGGCAGGCAGGAGUCGAGCCCCUCCGCAGGCGCGUCAGCAGCAUCACCGCAAAUCCGAUGCUGUCACUUCAUCCCCACGCACACAGACACACGCACGACGGUGAGCCUGCGACAACCCAUCUGACAUGGUGCCCCUCGCUGUGACGCGCAACGGGAUGCGGCUGGAGGCAGAAUGGUAGCGAGGAUCAGGGUGCGCUGUCCCGGGAGAACUCAUCCGAAGAGCCGGCCGUCAGACACCGGGAUGCUUCAGUAACGCACCGGAGGGCGAGUUUUCCUGAGCUGUGUGGCAGAGUUAAAGCUCCAGUAGAAGUGAGUGAGUGAGCCAGCGGGAGUGUGUCAUGGAUGAAAGGGAAAGCACAAAUGUUGAGGACCCUCCCUACGAAAACCUGCUGCUCCUGGGAGCCAUCGCAGCAGCGUCCGCCUUCGUGGUGACCAUCCUCAUCGUUCUUGUGUGCGUCGGCUGCCAAAGGAAAAGCAAGAGCAAGCAUCCCUCGGCAGGAGAGAAGGGGACAUCUGUAAACAUGCAGGGCACCCUUCGGUAUCCCAAGCUGAACUCCAUGAGCAAAUCAGAUACAAGGUUGCAUGAGAUCAAUCGCUUCCCCUGCAACGGAAACUCAGUUAGUAAAAGCCGUCCGGCCAGCAUGGACCUCCUGCUUCUCCACAGUCGGCGCUCGCAGACAGAUCUGAGGCCUUCCCACGGGCGCCAGCUCCCCCAGAUCCCCAACAGUCCUCCGGGAUCGGGCCAGAAGGGAGGAGGGGACCCUGGGGGAGAUGCCAGUGGCGGCGGAGAAGGAGGCGAGGCACGGGAUCACACUUACACCGAGGUGGGCCUGAGAAGCAACCCCACGCCCACCCACUGCUUAGACGACGGCCUGUAUGAAAGCGUUGGGGUUCGGGAAGGUGAAGCGGGGCCCAAAGCUCCACCUGCAGCACCACCAACCUCAGUCAACAGUCCAGCGACAAUCAGGGCUGCUCCGAGCCCCCCAACUCAGGCUAAUGGAGCCAGGAAUGGAUUUGGAAAUGGCAACAGAGGAAACGGCAGAGGGAACGGCAUUCUUAAUGGAACAAUGGCGACCCGAGGUAAUGGCCUGAAUGGGACCAACAGGUCGCCACUGUCCUCCGUCAACUCACUGGCUAAUCAGGAACCAACCGGAGUGGAGUAUGCUUCAAUACGCAAGUACAGAAAGGUUGACAAGGCGAGCCGAAAAGAAAAUAAUGGGGCUGACAGUCAGUCAGACAGCCAGUCGAGUGUGAGUGAUUCACCAUCGACUGCUCCUCCGCCGCUGCACCGCAGUCAGGAGUUUCCACGCAAACCAUUAGAGCCGUUUCACCUGCACAACUUCCCGAAGGAGCCGGUGUUCAUGGGGAACGGGGAGCAGUACAUCUGGAAGCCUCCGGAAGACGAUGAGAUCAUCACCUUGCAUGCACCUCCGCACCGCAUUGAGAACGGACAAGGGCAUCCGUCACCACCGACCGCAAAGGAGAUUGCAGACACUUACUCCAUUGUGUGUAAAAGUCAGAAAAAGAAACCCAUGGAAAACAAUGGAGCUAAGACCCUUCCGCGGUCCUUCGGUGGAGACAGAGGGACGAGGGGAAUGGGAAGGGGUGUCCAAGCUCAAGCACGCUCACAAGAGGAACCUUGCUAUGAGACAGGAGACAGGUCCUGGUCAACGGCGGUGGAGUCUGACCCGGCCUACGCGACCAUUGACUCCCAGCGGAAAAACGACCAGGCAGGAAUCAACAGCAGCGCAGUCGUUGGCAGCGCCACGCUGAAGCGGAAGAAGCCAGUGCCCCUGCCAGUAGCACAGGCUGUGCCAACCCCAGCACCUCAAGCCUCAGGACCCACCUCAACACCAGCCAGAGGCCUGCCAGGGGGAGGCAACUUCUAUGAGACCAUCAGUGACGUCAAACAAGGGGGCAACAGCUCCAGCACCACCACCAUCUUCACCUUCAACGACGGGAUGGAGAUGUACGUCACCGGGCUGUAGCUAGCCUGAUUCAUCCGCUGUACAUAAACGCAACCUCCUCAAAGACAAUAUGAGGAUACAUUUUCUGUUGACAUCAGGUAAACACAGGGUUUUUAUGCAGGUUCAGACUUUGACCCUCAAGAGUUCUGAACCAGCCCAAACCCAGUCUAGCUCAAAAUGGACCAGCAACGUCUCAACAACAACAACAAAAAAAGAAAGAAAAAAAGAUUUCUCACUAUCCAGAGUCACGUCAUUUUCCAUCAUAUCUUUAUUUUUAUAUGAAAAAUUUGUCUUUGAAAGUGUGCUGUGUAAGUCACAACAUAAAGGGAAAGCAUUUGAAAAAGAAACAUGCAUGCUGCGCAAAGACAGAACUGGCUGGACGACCAGACCGGGCCAUACAAUUUGCCAUGUCACAGACAAAUCUUUUGGGGCAUUAUGUAAUAUAAACAGAUGGAUGUGCUGAGAUAAACAAAUUGCUGGCAUUUGUUGUUGCAACUUCAGGUUUCCAACCUGUGAAAUGAAUGAGAGCUUUUGUCCGAACAUGACAAUUCAACCCUCCUAAUUCAAAGAAGUAUCAAAAUCGUACCGACAACACGCCCCCAAAUGAAUCAUGUUUUGCUGACAAUCCUCUCCAGUUUGACAAACAUCUGUGGCUGAUAGCGGAAUGAAACAUCCCAUAACGCCUCCGAACUGCUCGCUCACUCACACACAGACUCGCAUACUUGGCAGGCAGAGCACUGCAGUGUAAAAUGAUCAGGUCAGGGGCGGCGAGUGGUUUGGGCAACAGUUUCUCCCAGUCAAGAUUUCACAACCUUCCUUUACUGUGUUCUUGUGACAAAAAGAGAGACGACAGUUUCAAAGUAUAUAUGUGGACGUGUGCAAUUCAUGUAUCUUUCUGUGAACAACAGGUUUUAUGACUAUCAUUAGAUUGCACUGGGCAGCUGCAGGACUUGUUGGCUUGUAUAUGUGCCGUUAACUUGGCGGUUUAAUUUGGCUCUCAGGUCUCCCAACAAAGCCAGAGACCCCUGUAGCUCUCUACACUUUAGACGGGGGGGUUGAAAUGGCUCCAAGAAAGCUGGACUAAAGGUGGAAGUCCUGCCCUUAAGCACCCACUCCAGCAUUUUCACCUCCACCACUGUACAAAAUGCCUUUUCCAUGUAGCUUUGGGGAGAAAAAAAAGGGAAGACAAACUGACCAUUGAAGGAUGUACUCACUGUGAGGUGUUUUAAAUGGAUCAGUAUGUUUUUAACUUAAUGAGAAGGUGUGUAAAAACAAAUGCACUCUGUAUUUUAAUGCACUGUUUAUUUUUUCCUACCGGUUGAAUAGCUCAUGCCACUGCCAUGAAAACAGUGUGAUUAUGUGUUGGUGCAAUUUCUUUCCUGCUUGAUCAAAAAAGUGCAUGCAUUACUAUAUGGAGAUGAAACUAAUGUCGUGGUACUUUUGAUCUCUUCUUGUUUGCGAAAAAAAGUUUCUGUUGUACUUCUUGCCAUGUUAUGCAAAGUGGCUUUUGAAGGUUUUCUGUUGACGGCAACAGAUUGGAGGAGGAUGAGAGCGGUGGAUAAGAAAGAGAGAGACGGAUGCUGUUCAGUAUUGAGUGUUCGCCCUCCAAUCUGAGAAGAGACGGGGGAGGGAGAAAACAAGUUUUAGAAAGCUGGACGGAGAUCACUGAAAACGAUUCAAGGACGAUCCUCCUCUUGAUGUGUGUUUGCCCGCGCGCACACACACAUCCAUACGAGCCAAUUUCCAGUCUAAAUUUUUUUUCGCAUAUUUAGCUUCCCUUGUAUACAUGCCCUCCCCCAGCUGUGUUCGCCUAACAAAUAACUGACACAGACCGCUUUUCUCCGCUUCACCUCUCCCUCUUGCUAGGGGGGUCUUUGAUGUCGAGUUCUGAGGGACUCUAGGGGUGAGACUGGGGGUUGCGGGGAGGGUCAUUGGAUGGGGAUCAGGCUGACCCUACCAGUCUGACGUCCACGAAACAGCCCAACUACUGUCAGACAUGAGGCUUCACACUGACAGUCUUACCUAAUCAGAUUUCCUUUUGGCUGUCAGUUGACAUGUCACACUUUCUUUACCCUGCGGAAGAAGAUUUAAUAGUGAAUAUACUGGUGAACACAGCUUUACACAGUUCCAGACAAAGGUUAAUUGCACAAAUACAGUAUGAGGAUGUAAAUGUGUAAAAUACUUUGUGGCUGUUCUGACGUCCCAAUGUAACAUUUGAUAUGCAGUAUAUUUAGUGAAAAAAGAUGGUUUAUCACAGGCACAUUGUAAUUUGUGGAUGCAAAAUAUUUCAUGCUUUUUCAUGCAGAUGCUCUUUGUUGUCUUCAGAUAUAAAUAUGGGACAAUUCUCCUGUGAAAGCUGUAGCCAAUGUUAUAUGUUCUAAAAAGCACAGGGUUUCGUCAGAAAAUAUUACAUAUAAGAAAAGAAAAAUCUAGUGUGACAGUGCAGAUAUGCAAAAGAUUGUAAUGUUUUAUAUUAAUCUUCAUAAAAUAUUAAAGUGACUUUUUACUUUUUUAAUAAAGUGGCACAUUAUAAAGA